GGAAAGUUAACGAUUAGCAGUGAUAAAAACCUGUGCUCUUCGUUAUCGUAAUUUUUGUUCCCCGAUUUUUCGUACUGUUAAUUUUAUUUCAUUUUCUUCAGACAGAUGCUGCUGUGGAAUGUUCUAUUGGACAACCAAAAGUGCCCGAAGUUACAUCUUGUUGAGCAAAUCUCGUGAACAGCUAUCCCGUUACCAGUAUGCGACAUUUCCCGUCUUAACUGAACCAGUACUACAGAUUCCGUCUCGGAGUAUAAAUUCCGAGAGAUGUUCAACCAGCAAAAUGAACAACAGCAAACCUCCAAACAUAUUGGUUUACUCAGCUGACUGUCCAGCCAAGCGGAAGCUAAUCGCUUUGUUGAAAGAUGUGUUGGCUGUCGACACCUACACCGUGUAUCCAGUGACGGAGGCACAGAUAACAGCUAAGGCAUGGCCCGAGAGUACAGCUCUACUUUUGUUACAAGGACCCGUGGCCAAAGACUUAGAAAAGGUUUUUGUAGAUUUUUUUCUGGACGGUGGAAAGCUACUAGCGAGUUGCACCAAUCUACUAUCAGCACUGCUGCCGAAGGAAUUUGACUACAAUGCACCGUUAAAAGAGGAUUCAGUUCCUUUAGCUUACAGAACUUUGGAAUCGUUGAAUGUAGUUCAACGGUUAGAUAGAAACUUGGACAUGUUCGAAAAUCAUCGGACACAGAUCGUCGUUGAUUCGAAAGGUCACUCGAAUUUGCUCAAUUUUGACAUAAUUGCUAGGGAAGAUAAGGAAAACCACGUGAGUAUGCUGUCCGCCAAAAGUUAUAAAACAAACGGGAAGGCGCUGUUCUCAGAAAUUUAUCUAACUGACCAUGAACGCUUAUCGGUAAAUGAAGCUCACACCCAGCUGUUCAAAGAGCUCUUGCAUAACGAAAUGGACAUUACCGUUAAAAGUCAUAAAUGCCAGGAAGUCUUAACUUUCACUAAUGGGUUCUUAAUCGGUAGCUCCGAAGACAAAGAUCUGUUCCUAAAGCACGAAAAAAUCGUAAAACAAAAUCUCAGCCUUAAGAAUUUCGCUCUCCAAUUCUGUUCCAACGAAGACGUUCCGCCGGACCCAUCGCAAAGUCUAAUACCUAUUCUUCUAGAUCAAUCACCUCCGAACUUUUCAACUGCCAAAUACCUAGCGCACCUCAAAACGUCAUCCUUGGGUCGACCAACCCUAUAUCUACCGGUGGUAACGAGCUCCAUGGACAUCGUUACACCGGUAACCCUAUCGCACGGAUUUGUAGUGAUCCCGCGCCGUCAAACUAGCGGAAAUGGGCGCAACAACAACGCCUGGCUUAGUCCGGAGGGUUGCGCCAUGUUCUCCAUCCAGCUACACGUUCCUCUCAACAGCCCCCUGGGUCAACGAUUGCCCAUGAUACAGCAUCUGGUUGCGGUAGCCAUCGUAUCGGCCAUCCACAAGGCAACUGGUUCGGUGCUUGAUGUACGAUUGAAAUGGCCUAAUGAUAUUUACGCCAAUGGGCAGGUCAAAAUUGGUGGUUCGAUCAUUAACUCGCAAGUUCAGGCGGAUCGAGCCAUUGUCAAUGUUGGUUGUGGUCUAAACCUAAGCAACUCUCGUCCUACAGUUUGCGUAAACGAUCUCAUCGAACGAAAGAAUAGGGAAACGGACGGAGAUCCAUUGCCAAAACUUCAACACGAACAACUUCUAGCGAUGAUUUUCAACGAAAUAGAACUUCUGUUUGACCGGGUUCAGUCCCAGGACGUCGAACAAUUAUAUCGCCGCUACUACGACUGUUGGUUGCACGAGAAUCAAAAAGUGACGGUAAAAGGGGAAGACGGGCAGCAGGAAGUGGCCGGGCAAAUUACAGGAAUCGAUGAGUACGGAUAUCUUUUGGUUACAACCGAGGGAAGGGACAUACCAUUUUGUGUGCAUCCCGAUGGCAACAGUUUUGACAUGAUGAAGGGGUUGAUCAUUCCGAAAUAUUUUUAGGGGUUUAUAAUACUUGUUGAUUAUUUUUAAUAAUAGAUGGUUUUAAAUAGGUGCCAGCAAAUAA